AUGUCUAGAAAGAGGGUGUGUUUGACCACUAGCGAUGUUGAUGAGGGAAUUAAGAGAAAACAAAAAUUGGAUGAAAAAUUAACAUCACUAUGUAAGAAAGCAUACGAGCUAUCCAUUCUAUGUGAUGUAAAGGUCGGAAUAGUUAUUUCUAUUCCGGAAAAAACCGAUGUUUUUGCUUGGCCGUCUUUACCAGAGGCUCAGAAGAUAGUAAAUGAUCAUAUAGCUUUUCCAAAACACAAGGUAACUAUACAUAACAACUUUCUUCAAUCAAUUGUCGAAAAACGGGAAGAAGAAGUUAGGAAAGUAGAGGAAACUCUUGAGAAGAUGGAAAUGGAGAACCUCUUCAAUGAAAUUUUCAAGGGAAACAAACUCUUAAAUGAAGUAAAUGUUGGGGAAAUAAAGGGUUUGUUAAAGUUAAUUGAUGUUAAGAGGGUUCAAUUUGAACAAAGGAAGAUACAAGUUAAUGAGGUUGUUGCUAAUAACAAUGUUGGAGAAGAAAAUAAUGUUGGACAUCCUUAG